AUGUAAUUUAUAAAUAGAUUAUAAUUUAUUUAUAAUUUAUUUAUAUAUUUUAUAUAUAUAUAUAUAUAUAUAUAUAUAUAUAUAUAUAUAUAUAUAUAUAAUUAGAAAGAAAUAAGAUAAGAAUUAGAAAUGGCUAUUUAAGAAGCAUAAAGAUAACAUGAUGAAUUUGUGGAAUAAAACAGAAAAUUAUAAGAAGAAAUCAAAAAUAUGAAAAAUAAAAAUGAAGUUUUUGACAGAACUAAUGAAACAGCAAUGAAUGAACAUAAAUAUUUAAAUACUUUAGCACAUGUACAUUAAAUAAGAUUAGAUUUAAAAUAAACAUAAGAAAGAUAUAAUAAAAUGUCUUUAGAUUUAUAAUAAAAAUUAGAAUAGAAAUAAAAAAAAUGUAAUGAAAUUAAAUAUGCAUUUAUUGAAUUGAAAAGAGAAGUAGCUAAAAAAGCAGCAAACUCAAGAACAGAUAAACCUAUUCCAGAAAAACUAAUAGAUGAAUGGGAAUAGAGAGAAUUAGAAAAAUCUAAAGAAUUAUAAGAAUUGAGAUUAUAAAUUUUAAGGUUAAGAAAUGCUUAUGUCAAAAAUUAAAAAAUAUUAAAAAAAAAAGAAGAAUUAGCCGAAGGUUUACAUUUAAUAGAUUUCGAAUAACUUAAAAUUGAAAACUAAACUUUAAACGAAAAAAUUGAAGAAAGAAAUGAAGAAUUACAUAAACUAAAAAAAAAAAAUACUACUACUAUACAAAUACUUACUCAUACAAGAGAAAAACUUGGUUUUGUGUAAAAUGAAAAUGAAGACUUUAAAAAUAAAAAUACUAAAAAAGAUGAAGAACUUGCAUAAUAAAGAACAUAAUUAACAGAAUAUAAGAAAAAAAAAGAUUAAGCUAGAAAUGAAUAUCUAAUACUUAAAUAAAAAACUGGAAUUGUUAAUUCUAAUGAACUUGGAUAAGACUAUAGAAGUUUAAGAUAAAGAGUUUAAGAUUUAGAAUAAAAAAAAUAAAAAUUAGAAGCAAAAUUAGUAAGCAUGCAUGAAGUUAUAGAAACAGGAAAUAAAAUUUAAUAAUAAAAAAGUUCAAUAACUAUGAAUCGUUGAAAAAUAAAUAUAAAUAUAAAUAUAAAAAAUUUAUAUAUUUAUUUUAAAAAUUAUAUAAUAAAAUAAAGUUAAAAUUAAGU